AUGGUGGCCGAACCCGACCGCGCCGGCCGUGGGACGGCGCGCUCCCACGAUGACGCGCCCCCGCCGCCGUACAGCGAGACCGACGUCUUCUCCAGCGCCGGGGCGCCCACCCCCAUGUCACCCCAGUCGGCAAACGCCAGGCUGAACUCCCACGGCGACAACGUCUCGUCCGCCGGCCGCUCCGCCUCGUCCUCGGGCGAGCCCAUCUACACCCCGCCGCUGACCCCCCAGAGCUCCCACCAGCAAACUUUUGGCGACGGCGGCAUCCCCAAUGGUGGUAGCCACAUGGUCUCCCCCGCCGCCGCGGCCUACUUUGACUCCAGGCCGCCGCGGACGGAGGGCUUCGUCCGCGGAUCCGGCACCCACAUCCACCACACGAUCCGGGUCAAGGUCGAGAGCGCCCCAGACGACUUUCCGUAUCCCGAGGUGCUCGCCCGGCGUGACGUGACCGUGGACGACUGGCACACGUUCAUCAACUACCUUUUGCCCAACUUCUCUGUGCAAUCAAACUCGACCAUCAUCGACCGGAAGCUCCGGGCCGAGGGCCUCAAGGGUGACGAAGACGACGGCAGCAGUCUCGGCAACAACAAUAACAAUAGCAACAACAACAACGGCAACAACGACGACACCCGCUCGACAGCAGGUGGCAGGGUCCACAUAGAGGCCCAGCUGGACACGAUUCGGACGUCGGUCCCGGUAGAGACCCGAGACGCGGCAGCGCUCAGGGAACAGGUCGAGCGAACGGUGUGCGAGUGGAACGGGGGCUUUUUCGGCCCUCGAGACGUUACCAUCUUUGUGCAGGUCGGCCCCGAAGACUGCAGGGUGCCCGGGGCCUGGGACGGUGCCUUUGACCAGACCACCGCCGACGCCACCGCCACUCCUGGGCAGGGCGAACACCCGGCGGGCGGGUGGCAGAACUACUCGGGCUACCCCCCUCAACACCCGCCGUUCCAGUUCGACGACCAGGCCGCCGCCCAGCAGCGCAGCGGUUUCCGCUUCGGCAGCCUUCACGUGGGCCAAAACGGCAUCUCGUACGGGGACAAUGUGGUUAUAGACUCCAACCAGGUACGCAUCGGCAGCUUCACGGCCGACACCAGCGGCAUCAGGCUCAACGGGCGGUCGCUGUUCCCGGGGGUCCCGGGGAUGGACAGACACUCCCCGUCUCCCCUCCACCCCGCAACCGUGCCCCCUAUUCCCGGCCACCCCUAUUUCCACCCACCCAUGAUGUACCACGGGCCGCCCCCUCCGCCCGGGCCGGGGAUGGGCCCCUUCAGCCGCAGCAUGCCCCACAUCCCCGGCGCGUUCCAGGAGCCGGGCCCGUUCCAUCCGCAACCGAACGCGUUCGACAGCGGAGCGGCUCCCGACCGCGGGCGUGAGCCCGCCAAAGGCCGCGGGUCGCACUCGCGCAGCUCGUCGGCCUCGAGUGAGAGCAGCGUGUCUAGCGCCUCGUCCGGCUCGACCGUGUCCUCGGACGACUCGCUCCCGGCGUACGACGAGCUCACCGACGCGCAGCUGCCCGCCACGCGGGACCUGCUGCUGCGGUGGCUGGCCCACCCGGAGGAGCCCAUCACCAAGGAGAGCGCGCGGGCGCUCAAGCAGCAGAUCAAGCAGGCCGACAGGGACCAGCGGCAACGACAACAGCAGCAACAACAGCAGCAGCAGCAGCAGCAGCAGUCGUCGCCGCCCCAGCCCCUGGCCAAGACGGACCGGGCCGCGCUCCGGCGGGAGAUCAAGGACCUGAUCAAGCAGUUCAAGGCCCUGAAGAAGGCGCAGCGGCAGCAGGCGCGCCAGGUGCGCCGCGAGCGCAAGCAGCAGCGCCGAGCCGAGAAGCGCGAGCUGAAGCAGCGCAAGCACGAGCUCCGCAAGUCCAAGCGGAAGCUGAAGAAGGAGCAGGACCGCCAGGCCGCCAAGGAGGCGAAGAGGGCGGGCCGCGACCGCGCUGGGGAGGGGUCCGCCUCAGCCGGAGCCGUUCCCGGGCAUGGGUUCCCUUUCUUUUCCGGAGCGCAGCGAGCGCAACAGCAGCAGCAGCAGCAGCAGCAGCAGCAGCAGCAGCAACAAGAGCAACAACGGCAACAACAACAACAACAAUGGCAACAACAACAACAACAACAACAACAACAACAACAACAACAACAACAACAACAACAGCAACAGCAGCAGCAACAGCAACAGCGGCACGCCGACCCUAGAGUUGGAGAUCUACCACACGUCCCUGGAUCCUUCCCAUUCGAUGGAUCGUCCGGAGGGCGCGGCUGCGGGCCCGGCCAGCGGGGCGGGGGAACGUUUGGCGGCUGGGGAGGGCCCGACAGGUGCGGCGGCGGGCCGGGCCGUUGGGGUGGUUUCGGGGGCUUCCGAGGCUUCGGUCGCCCCGGAGGGCCGCACACCCACCACGGGUUCGGCGGACCCGGCCCCGGGGGCUUUGGCCACCCCGGGCAGCAGCACGAGUUUGGCGGUCGGGGGGGCUUCGGCAGGGGCUUUCCCUUCGGCUGCCGCGGAGGAGGCCGUGUUGGUGGCGGUGGCGACGGGGACCAGCGGACCCCCGGCUCCUGGCCCGCCGAGGGCGACCCCCACGCCGCCUCGCGCGCAAAGCACCGCGAGGCGGACCAGCUCGAGGCGCAGAUCACGCAGCUCGUGGCCAGGAUGAGCGAGCUCGGGCCCGAGACGAAGGACCCGUCCGCGUCCCGCCCCGGCACCGCCCGAGCCGACAAACCGGGCUCGGCCGGCGGCGAGGGCUCGGGGGAGAAGAAGGGGCUACAGGACGGACAGACGAAGAGGCACCAUGAAGACGCCAUGACGCUCCAGCACGAGAUUGCAAUGUUGGAAGACCUAGUCGCCCAGAUCAGGCUCGAGGCGGACGGCGACUUUGCGAGGGAGCUCGCGCAGGAGGAUCAGAGGAAUUUCAACGGGGCUUGAAUACUUUGUCAGGUGGUGGAUAUCAGGGCGGCGGCGGUUUAAGUUUAAUGGCUACAGUACCUACCUAGGUGCCAGGUAGUUGGUGACAAGGACGUCACUUGGUUUUGGUUAGCGUUCUUUGAUACCUUGGGAUAGACAGACCCAGCACUCGCUCCAGUUUGGAACAAUGUCACGCAUGAUUUUUAACGACCUAAUUUUUGUCUACGUCAGAUUACCUGAUAUAUGAUUCCCGCAUACCCAUGACCCUCGGUUGGAUUCCCAGAGAGAUGCAACAGAAAAAGAAGAAAAGUCAUAAUAUUCGAAUAUCCCGCACCCCUUUUUUUUUUUUUUCUC